ACGUCGGAGCAGAAGUGCAGCUCGAGUUGAACAGCUGAGGCGGCGAAACAAACAGAAGACGUCAAACACACGACACACGAGUGGAAUUCUGUAGAAAAGAGAAAACGUGAAACAUUCGACCUUCUCUCACUGAGCUUCAGGAUGAUGUCCCUGAAAUGGUUUUCACUUCACAGCUGCGAGGGUCAAGGGUCAAGAAAUGCUGAAAGUGCAACUGUGUUCAAACAGGGUGUGUGAGGCCCUGAUCGUGUCAGGAUGUUGAAGACGGAGGCGUCGGGGGAGCGCUCUCUCCGGAGCGCGUCCCCUCAUCGUAACGCCUACCGCGCCGAGUUCCAGGCGCUGAAGAAGGCGUUCGACCAACCGCACGGAGAUGGAGAACCCAAACCCAAAGAGCCCCGGCAGAGGGGCCGGCAGUACGGGGCCCACGUCAGCCGCAUCAAGGACAUGUUCAUGCAGAUGGGCUCCGAGAACACGGCCCCCAGGACCCGGGGCCGAGAGGAAGUGUCGCCUCAGAAAAUGGCCAAACCCACAAACUUUAUAAACAAGACGGACGGGUCGGUGGUGAAGCUCCAGCACUCGUCGUCCUCCGACCGGAUCGGAGCCGCCGGAAACAAGUUCUGUGAAACCAGGAGACUGUUUGAGCAACAGUCCAGGGACCAGUCCCAGUCCCCCGUCUUCCCCUACGGCCGAGACAAGAGGGGGUCCCACGAGCACCUGGACGACUGGAGGGGGGCGCGCUCCAACCGGGGCAGCCAGGACUCUCUGGACUCGCUUUGCUCCAGGACGGACGCCGCCUCGCCCACCGUCAGCCAGCUCAGCGCCGUCUUCGAGAACCACAGCCAGGCCCAGGCGAACUACCGCAGCCCGGGCAGGCGGGCGCUCUACUCCCCCGACGGCCUCCAGAGGCAGGGGGACCUGAGCGAGGAGGACUCCAGGCUCUCGCCCGUGAGGGGGACCUACAGGAGCAGGCUGGGAGGGAAGGUCCCCCCCUCGGUGUCGGCAGACGAGCUCCUCGGCCACAGUCCGGCCGCAGAGGCGUCUCACGAGGUCCAGGUCAGAGACAAAGCGGAGCACCCCGGAGCACCCAAACAUCCCCCCGGGGCCACCCCCAACGGGGAGCAAGUCAACGGCUCCUAUGAGGAACCUCACAAAUACAGAGAGGAGCGGGACAAACCCAAACCUUUAGACGACAAACCUGACAAAGCUGCGAGCGCCGAGCCGAGCCCCGAGCCGAGCCCCGAGCCGAGCCCCGUCACCGCGGACGCAGUACCACCGGGCGACACAGGGGGCGCUACAGAGGAGGCGGAGGACGAGGAGUACAGCGGCCCGCGGGUGGUCUACACGGCGGACGGGGACGCCUGUCUCCAGGGCUGGGGCGAGAGCUGCACCGACGCCGAGGACGACCUGUACGGAGACGAGGACCAGGACUAUGUGUACGACCCCGGCUCCGACCUGACCGAGGUCCCCGGACUCCCCCCCGAGACUAAAGACGAGGUCCCCCCCAAGAGGAAGAUCAGCUUCAGCACAGCACCCAUCACGGUCUUCAGCACUUACUCCAACGAGGACUACGAUCGCAGGAACGAGGAGGUGGACCCCGUGGCCUCAUCGGCGGAGUACGAGCUGGAGAAGAGGGUGGAGAAGCUGGAGCUGUUCCCCGUGGAGCUGGAGAAAGAUGAGGACGGUCUGGGCAUCAGUAUCAUCGGGAUGGGAGUCGGUGCUGAUGCGGGGCUCGAGAAACUGGGCAUCUUCGUGAAAACGGUGAUCGAGGGAGGAGCGGCCGAGAGGGACGGCAGGAUUAAGGUGAACGAUCAGAUCGUGGAGGUGGACGGGACGAGUCUGGUGGGCGUCACUCAGAGCUUCGCCGCCUCCGUCCUCCGGAACACGUCUGGGAUCGUGCGGUUUGUGAUUGGUCGGGAGCGGCCCGGGCAGCAGAGUGAAGUGGCCACAUUGAUCCAACAAACUCUGGAGCAGGAGCGGAGACAGAGGGAACUGUUGGAGCAGCAGUACGCCCAGUACGACGCUGACGACGACGAGCAGACCGGAGAAUACGCCACAGACGAUGAGGACACGGGGACCACAGCACCGGGACAGAAGAGCAUCGAGGUGUUUGACCUUCCAGAGUCUGAGGACGUCGUGUCUCCUGCCGACCUGGACGCCAACAAGCUCUACCAGAAGUUCAGAGAGUUGCAGAUCAAACACACAGUGACCGAGGCCGAGAUCCAGAAGCUCAAGAACAAGUUGGCGUCGGUGGAGCGCGAGAAGCAGCGCUGGGAGAAGGAGAAGAGCCAGCUGAAGGCCAGCAUCGAGGAGAACAAGGAGAGGAUGCUGAAGCUGGAGAGCUACUGGAUCGAAGCCCAGACGCUGUGCCACACGGUCAACGAACAUCUGAAGGAGGCCCAGGCCCAGUACCAGGCCCUGGAGAAGAAGUACAGCAAGGCCAAGAAGCUCAUCAAGGACUACCAGCAGAAGGAGGUGGAGCUGCUGCAGAAGGAGGAUGCAGAGCGCAGGAGACUGGAGGAGGCUGAGAAGGCUCAUCUGGCCGAGAUCCAGGGUCUACAGGUCCGGAUUUCCACUCUGGAGUCGGAGUUGGUGCAGCUGAUGAAGCAGAACGGUCUGCAGGUCAACAAUAACAACAGUAACAUGUCGGAGCGGCAGGCGGCUCAGAGCAGCGCGAGGACGCCCCCUGCAGGGGCCCGGGACAGCGUCAGCUCUGUGGAGGGGGAGGUCAGUGUGUCGGAGGGAGCGGGGAGUCCAGCCCACAGUCGCAGCGGCUCCGUGCGCAGGGGCCCCGGCAGCACAGAGGGGUCCCCCAGGAGGACGGCCCCCCCUAGAGGCAGCGCGGGGCAGUGGGACGGGUCCCCGGGCAGGUGCAGUCCCUGUCGAGGAGUGGAGGACCUGCGAGCUCUGGAGCCCGGAUCAUCUCCUCGAAAAAACAAAGUUCUUGGAAACAGGUCGUCGGAGCUCUCUGCAGACGACAGCCCAGGAAAACUAAAAGCCAAGACUGUUCUCACCUGGCCUCACUUCUUCUCCUACUCGUACUACAUGGGCCCGUCUCUCAGUGAGGACCUGAGCGGCAGCAGCAGCAGCUCGGUGGAGAUCAGCGGCGUCGGGGGCGGAGCUAAACUGGGCCCCUCCCCCCUGACCCUGUCGUCAGACGAGAUCCUGGACGAGCAGCAGGUCCAGCAGCUGCAGCUCCAGGGUCGCGCUGUGGCAGACUGGAGCUCGGAGCAGGUGUCUCUCUGGCUCUCGGGUCUCGGGCUGGAACUUCAUCUCCCACAAUUCACUGCCAAGAACAUCGACGGACAACGGCUGCUGCAGCUGGACAACGCCGACCUCAAGGCUCUGGGGUUGAGCUCGUCUCAGGAUCGAGCUCUGCUGAAGAAGAAAAUCAAAGAGCUGCGAGUGGUGGUGGAGAAGAGUCGGCGGCAGAGGGAACGCGCCCGGCGGAGAGACGCGGAAAACACCGAGGAGUGAGGGGCCCGAGAGCGCCGCCUGCCGCCCCGACCGCCACACCGCAGCCACGCUCAGGGGGCCCCACACUGGCCCCUGAGGGACACCGGCCUCCUCCCCCGCCGGAGGAGCCGCGUCUACUGUGGGCACUGCCUGGUGAAAGAGAGCGGAGGUCUGAGGGCCUCUGCGGACCUCCUGCUCUUAGCCAUAAAACAAACUACUGUUUCUUCACCGUUUAUUUAAAGGUCCAAUAUCACACGAGACACAACCUCCUCAGACAAACCUGGAGCUCGCCUCAUUUGGUCUUCACAUCAUUUAUCUUCUUAGGUUCUUUUUUCAGACCCAGAGUUUGUUUUUGUCCUGACAGUUUGUUCUGCUCCUCAGACCCUUCCUCAGAUCCUUCCUCAGAUCCUUCCUCAGACCCUUCCUCAGAUCCUUCCUCAGAUCCUUCCUCAGACCCUUCCUCAGACCCUUCCUCAGACUCUUCCUCAGAUCCUUCCUCAGACCCUUCCUCAGAUCCUUCCUCAGAUCCUUCCUCAGACCCUUCCUCAGAU